AUGGUUGAUUUCCGAACCCAAUCUGACAAGCCAUUUCUUGAUUGGAUCCAAGAUUCCAGUAUUUCCCAAAUGUUUGAUUCAUCCCUUCUGCCGGAGGAACUCGUUGACAACAAUGCCGGGCUUGCUGAAGCUGCAUUAUGUGUUCCGGGUUCAAGGCUGGUUUCUACAGACAACAUUUCUAAAGAGAAUGUUGUGAAAUUCGUAAAUGCUGGAGGUGGGGAUAUCAAAGAAGAUGGUGAACUCGGCAUUUUGGUUAUGUCUGAUCAUGGUUUUGAUGGUGGGGAUGUUCUAAGGACAAAUGAAAUAGUAAUCGAUGACAGUACCUUUGGAGUUCUGUAUCAAUCAGCCAGGAUAGGAAAUUUUACAUACCAAUUUGAAGACCUGCCUGCUGGAGACUAUUUGGUUGAUCUUCAUUUUGCUGAAAUCAUAAACACAUAUGGUCCCAAAGGAAUGAGGGUUUUCGAUGUGCUCGUGCAGGACAAAAAGGUUUUGUCAGAACUUGAUAUAUACUCCAUCGUUGGAGCAAACAAACCUUUGAGAUUGGAAGAUGUCAGAGUUACUGUUACAGCCAAUGGUCUGUUAUCAAUAAGGUUCCAAGGAUUAUGUGGAAGCCCAAUUGUCAGUGGGAUAUGCAUUAAGGAAGAGCCCAAGUUUCCUGCAUUCCAGGAAUCAAGAAGGUAUUCCGAGGUUAACAGCUUCUCUUUUGAGAACAAAGAUUUGGAAGUAAGAUCCAAUGCUAAGUAUCAAAGGAAAAUAGAAGAAUUGCAAGCACAAUGUCAGCAGAAGACAGACGAAUGUUACCAGGCAUGGAUGUCCCUUACGGAUUUGAACAAGAAGCUUGAAGAUGCCAGAAUUGAGCUUGACAACAAGUGUUUCCAAAAUCACUCCCUAGGUCAAGAAAUGGCCCAACUUGCAAAAAAAUUGAAGGAUGUCUCUAGGAAGUAUGAAUAUGGAAAGACUUUGUGGCUUGGAUCUGUCAAUGAACUACAAUUGAAAGUUAAGAUCAUGAAAGACGAACAAAUCAAACUCUCCCAAGAAGCAAAAGAAUCUGCAAAACUGAUCCCUGAUUUGACCAGGAUGUUUACAGCCAUACAGGAACUGGUGUUGCAGUCUGAGGAUAUCAAACUGAAGUACAGUAAGGAGCAGGCAGAGAGGAAGAAGUUGUAUAACCAAGUUCAGGAAACAAGAGGGAAUAUCAGGGUAUUUUGUCGGUGUCGGCCACUGAGUAGAGAACAAGCUUCAGCUGGGCAUGCUACAGUCGUUGAUUUUGAUGCAGCCAAAGAUGGAUAUAUUGGGAUACUUCCAAUUGGUUCCGCAAAGAAAACAUACAAAUUUGACCGCGUUUUCCUGCCAAAAGAUGAUCAAGAAAAUGUAUUUGCGGAUGCUUCCCCACUGGUGAUUUCAGUUUUAGAUGGGUACAAUGUUUGCAUUUUUGCUUACGGACAGACUGGAACUGGAAAAACAUAUACAAUGGAAGGAACAGAGAAUAACAGAGGAGUCAACUAUAGGACUUUGGAGCUUCUUUUUAGAAUGGUAGAGGAUAGGAAAGAGACUUUUGUGUACAGGCUAUCUGUCAAUGUGCUUGAAGUAUACAAUGAGCAAAUUAGAGACUUGCUGGUUGACAGCCCAGCUUCAAAAAGGUUAGAAGUGAGACAAGUUUCUGAAGGAGCAAAUCCCGUUCCUGGACUAGUGACUGCUGAGGUUGAUAGCAUUGAAGAAGUGUGGAAGGUUCUGCAAACUGGAAACAAUGCGAGAGCUACAGGAUCAAACAAUGUGAAUGAGCACAGUAGUCGGUCUCAUUGCAUGAUCUGCAUAACAGUGGCCGCAAAAAAUUUGAUAAAUGGUGAAUGCACAAAGAGCAAACUUUGGCUAGUGGACCUAGCAGGCAGUGAGAGGUUGGGCAAAACUGAUGUUCAGGGGGAACGGCUAAAGGAAGCUCAAAAUAUUAAUCGUUCACUUUCAGCUCUUGGAGAUGUCAUAUCUGCUUUGGCAUCUAAGAGCAACCACAUACCAUAUAGAAAUUCGAAGCUUACACACAUACUGCAAGAUUCCCUGGGGGGUGAUUCGAAAACUUUGAUGUUUGUGCAAAUCAGCCCUCUGGAACAAGAUUUGGGCGAGACUUUAAGCUCAUUGAAUUUUGCGACUCGUGUUAGAGGGGUUGAGUUGGGUCCAGCAAAAAAACAGAUUGACUUGGGGGAGCUUCAGAAACUCAAAUUACAGCUUGAUAAAUCAAAGCAAGAAUCCAAAUCCAAGGAUGAAGCCUUACAGAAGUUGGAAGAGAAUCUGCGAAUUUUAGAAUCUAAGGCCAAAGGCAAGGAGCAAUUUGGCAGAAGCCAACAAGACAAGGUUAAUGAAUUGGAAAACCAGCUCUUGUUGAAGGCAGAUUUGUGCAGACAAAUGGAUCGUCAAUUGACAGAACUCUCCAUGAAAGUGAGAGUUGGAGAAGAUGUUCGAGUAAAUCUUCAGCAAAAGUUGCAUGACAUGGAGAAAAGGCUUUCAGAGAGGGACGACACUGAGAGCACUGUCCUGCAGCAAAAGGUAAAGCAACUUGAAAAGACUUUAAAAGUAAGAACAGAGGAGUUUGACGUUCAGACAGCCAUUCUUCAGAAAAAGGUUAAGGAACUUGAGCAGAAGUUGGAAAAGCAAGGAGGUAGCAUUGGGAAUCUACUUCAUAAAAAGAUUGAAGAGCUUGAAGAGAAGUUGACCGAGUCUGACAAACAUUUGGAAAGUUUGUUACCAUUUGGUGCUUCUGAUGAAAAGUCGCAGAUCAGUUCAAAAGCAAGACAAGCCACAUCAAUAGAUGGUGAAAUGAAAUCAGAUCCCUGGACUCAAGGCUUAAAGUCACGUAACCGGUUGUCAGGACAGAACUCUGUUUUGCUUAAAGGAACUGAAUCACUGAAUCAUUUGCGACAGAAGCAGGAUUACCAGAACCGGAGAAGUGAGAUCAACAGCUUAAGCUUGUCCAUGAAUCGUUCGACUGAAAAGAAAUUGUCUUUGCCAGCUGAACCAAAUAUAGGCCGUCAUAGUAUUGACCCUUCGAAAGCAUUUGCAAGAGUUACAAGAACAACUAAAUCCUUCUCUAGUAGAAUCAGCAGAGAACCUGCACCAUUAAUAAAAGAACGGGGCACAAGCGCUAGAGUUUGGUUGUAA